GUUGUAUAUAUGGUCCCUUGAUUUUCUUUCGGGUAAUUCACAGUCUCAUAGCAUCAUACUCCCAGUGAGUCAUAAUGGGGUUCGAAAAUCAUAUAAGUGAAUCGUACCUGUAAGUGCCUUAUUUAUGGCUGUUUUAAGAUGCUACUCCCUAGUACCACGGACUGGUUCUACAUAAAACGAGUUCAUAUCCAGUCUCGUCCAUAGAGUGUGUGUGGUUAACUUUAUAUGACAACCUAAAAAUCCGAAAACUUCUCUUUUAUAACCAAAGUUUACUGAAUAAGAAGAGGUGCAUUUAUUCUGAAUAAAUCGCGGAUUAUAAUUUAUUUUACUUAUCCUGACUUUCGUAUAUGUCUUCAUUGCUAUUUAAUUAGUCCAUAGUUUAAAUAGCUAAAGAAUUUAAUCACUCUUUAGUCUCUCUGCUUUACUCUUCGAAUCAUGUCAUUCUUUCUCGACAAACGAAACUUAAAUUUCAUUGACAUGCGAAACAAUCAUUAAAAAAAUCUAAAAAUGAAAAAGAAACACAAAAUUACCGACUACUGAAACUACUUCAUGUAAAUGGAAAGAAUAACUCUAUUAAAUGUUUUCGAGGACCAGAAAUUAUCCUUGACUGCAUGAAAAAAGCGAUAAAAAUUCUUACUUCAUCAUCACAAAAAUAGUAGAUGAGCUAAAGUGUCAGGUGUUUUAAUCGAUCGUGCUGCCUAGGCGCUGUCGUUGUAUCUCGCGGAAGCUUUCCCGGUUUUUUUUCAUCUUACCUAUUGGAACUUGUAGUGGCACACUUCAAACUGUUUUCAUUUUUGUAUAUUUUGAUAUAAUGGAGUUCUAAAUAUGUGUCCUAUGUACUCAAACCAAUCUGCAAUAAUCUUCAAGAGAAAAACCCUUUCCACCGAUGGAAAAGUCACUAGUGCGCUUUCCUAUGAACGCUCAGCGCCCCAGCAACUCCGAAAGAAGAGAUGGCAGAAUGUACACCAACCUGCCGGUAUCUUUAUCGAGCCGGAAGUCCUGCACAAACAACUCCCAGGCAAGAAACCGACAUUCAAAACAAAGUUCCAAACGGCAUGUCGAUUUAGUGACUAGCUACAAGACAAAGCCCAAUUUUGCGCACAUUAGAUGUCCAAAAGGUGAAAAAUCACUUGAAGCCCAUUUAGAUGGCUAUGUGCAAGUCUCGAGCCAAUUUGUCCUAAUUCCUGAUUCUGCAUACUUAAAAACCAACUAUGACGGGACCCCUCCACAAUGGGACCAAGUCUCGUUCAUAAAAGUCCUGAACAAAGGUGAUCUAGUGUGUCCCAUAUGUCUCUAUUCACCCAUCACGCCACGAAUGGGUAGAUGUGGACACGUUUACUGUUGGCCAUGUGCAUUACAAUAUUUAAAAUACGAAAAUGAGUCGGAUAGCAAAAAGUGCUCUGUCUGUCCCUCCUUGUUAUCAUUCGAUGAUCUCAAGAGGGUAUCCCUAACCCAUAUUACUCCAACGAAGGUUGGCGAUAGCAUAUGCUUGACGCUAGUUAAGCGUUCAGGACUUUGUGUAACUCCUCUUUUAUCUCUUGAAACAUGUGAAGCUACCAUUGGAUCACUUUUCGGAUGUGUUUGCGUAACCGAUCAAAUAACAUUGAAAAACAUUCACGAGUCGGAGAUCGAUCAGCUUCGUACAUAUAGAGCUAUUUGUGAAGUAGAUGGAAACAACACAGAGCUGAUUCCAUUCAUUGAAUUUGCCUUCGAAGAGCUGAAUCGCGAAGAAAUGCUUCUAAAAUCUUGCGGUACCAGUUUAGCUAAGCCUUGCAAAUCUUGCAAUCAAGAUAUUAAUGAUGUUUCUACAAAUGAAACAUAUUUUUACCAAGCUGUGGAUAGUCAACCCAUUUUCUUAGAUAGUCUAGGUUGGCGAUGUCUACUAACGGAGUACAAAGAAACACGAAAUCUUCCGAAGGAGAUUGUCGCCACCGUUGUAUCAACUAAGAAUUAUCGGAUGAACUCAUCCUUACGAAAACCUCUGAGGUACCUGAGCCAUUUACCUGAUGGAUACGCCUUCAGUUUAGUGGAAAUCAAGCUAGAACCACCGUUGGUAUCUGAAUUGACACUAUCUCACUUUGCCACAUCGUUGAAUAACCGCGCAUUGGAGCGAGAUCGAAGUCGUCUUGAGGAUCUGAAACUUACUGAGUUAAAAGAGGCAGCUGAAAACCAAUUUACGUCACUGCCUCCAGGUUUUGUUCUCAGCGGUCAUGCAGCUUUAUCAGAUAAGCAAGGUACGUUAUCUAUUGUUCUAAAGUUUAUGUUUCAUAGAAGUACAACUUGACCCUUCAAAUUUUGUCCCACUCUCAACCAUGACGCAAAAUGGAAAAUGGAAAAAAACUUUACCAAUCAGUUUUGCUGAAGUUUCUCGCUCUGGUGCACUCAAUGUUGUCGGUCCAGAUCGUGUUGCUCAUUUCUCGCGAAGUCCUCCGAACCCAACAAAUCCUAAACGCUUCGAUAUCAAUUCCGAAUCUUGGCCUGCCUUAGGUGAAACUUCAAAAAACUAAAGAAAUAUAUUAAAGAACAAAAUUGACCAGUUUCUAGUCUAGUCGGACAGAAAGUUUGAGUGCCUGGCAAACUUUAUUAUAUUUUCCAAAUGGGACAGAAUUUUUUUAUGGCUCGACAAGCCAAACUUGACAAACUCUUCAAAUGAAGUGCCUGUUACUCUUAAUUAACAAGUAAACGGAUAUGCUCAC